GCCUCCUCCAGCAUGCGCUGUCUCCAUCUCCUGCUCAGGGCCAGCCCUGCUGCCCUGCUCCUGAUUCUCUGCCUGCAGCUGGGGACCAAUGAAGCUCAGGAAGACACUCGAAAGGCGAUAAUAAUGGAUGUGGAGCUGCCCAAAAAGGCAACGGCAAAUGAAGAGGUCACUGUGAUUCUUAGAGCUGCCACACAAUUCAGAGAAUGUAUGGUGAUUAAAUCUUACCUCAAAAGUAACGUUUCGAUUGAAGGUGCUUUUAACUAUCAGUACACCAGCUGCCUCUGUGAAGAUUAUCCAAGAACCUUCUACUGGGACUUUCAAGCCAACAGCACCGCAAAAAUAACAACAGUGAUCGAUGUUGUUCGAGUACUGAAUAUCUGCCCCGAGGAUAAGGCGGUGAUACCCAUUGAAGCAAACCGCUUUUCUGUCACUAAGACCUUGACCAUUGGCUGA